AUACCAAACUACUAUUAAUUGCGUUAUAAUCUUGCUCAUCUGCAAGUCAAAUGUUCUCAACAUCUGAACAAAUUAGACAUUUUGUCGAUGGGACAAAAGUAGAAUUACAUUUAUUCUACAAUAAACAAAAACUGUUCUCUUCAAUUGUUCUCUUUAAUGAAAUGAUAAUGCAAAUAAUAAAGGAUUUAUUUCCAUGCUGUAUGGUAGUACGGGCGGAUCUUUUUCUGCCAUUCCCUACUUUGGAGGUAGUGGAGGGUUUCAAGCCCCACCUGUCCCCAUUCGGCCCAAAGAAAAUGGUAAUAAACUUUAGGUCCACUGUCUGUCUGUUUCGUCUGCUGGUGCCAAAUAUCCAGUUCUAUUUUCAUGUCACAAACUUAUACAUUACUAACUUUAAUAACCCCUACCGCCUCACCACUUUAAAGUUUUUGUUUCCGCUUCAAUUAACAUUCUGACGUGAAAUCAUUCUCGUAGGGUACUAUGGUUCCACCUGAUAUAUUCUUCGCAGUCUGAUGUUGUUUUAAAUAAGGCUUAUAUUUAAAUGUGCCUCUGUUUUGAGUGUAUUAUCAUCAGUCCCCUGGCAUGGUUGUCGGGUUGCUGUUCUGUUGAACAUCAAACCAGGUCCCUCCAUUUGUCUCGGUCAUGUGCUAUUCCCUGAAUCUCUGCAAAGCUUUUCAUAGUCCAUUCUGUAAUGUUGUCAGCCCUCUUCUUCCUCUGUGUGCCCCGUCUUCUGGCACCUGGGACGCUACCUUGAAGGAUGUUGUGGACAAGUUGUUAGCUCUUAUGACAUGUCCAUACCAUUUCAGCUGAUUCUUUCUAACUGCAUUUGGUAUGAGGGUCCAAGACUCACAGGCGUAUAAGAAGACAGAAAGGACAAGUGCACGUAAAAGUCAAAUUUUUGCCAUGGCCAUUGACAUGGCUGCUGUUGUUUGUGCUGUCCUUGCAAGAAUUUCUGCUUUUGACCCAUCUUUGCUGAUGAUGGCGCACAAAUAUUUAAAGUUCUUCUCAGUAGCCAACGUUUGUCCUCUCACUUCGAUGUCGGUAGUGAUCUGCUUGUGACUAUUUGUCAUCAGCAUAGUCUUUUCAUCGCUUGUCUCCAUGCCAAAAAUUGAGGAUGUUUCUACCAGAUUUCAUUGCCAGCUAGCCCAUCAAUGUCGUCUGCAAAUCGGAGAUAGGUCAUGUUUCUACCUCCAAUGCUGACUGUGCCACAGUGGUUCUCCAGGGCCUCUCUCAUGAUGCGCUCUUAAGUGUAUGUUAAAGAGUGUGGGCGACAGAAGACAGCCUUGUCGUACACUUAAUGUUGUGCGAAACCACUUUCCCAUGAAGCCCAGGUUGACUACUGCACUACUGGCCUUAUCAUACAGCUGUUUGAUGGAGUUGAUUAUCUGGUGUCCCAUAUUGUACUUCUUCAUUCUUACCCAUAAUGCACCCUGCCAUACUCUAUCAAAAGCCUUUUUGAAAUCUAUAAAGACAUGAUACAGCUCUUGUUGUGAGUAUUUUUCACACAGGACUCUUAAGUUUAAUUAUUUCUUCUGUGGAAUCAAUAGAGAAGUGGAAAAAUGACCAAAUUUCCUCAGUUUGUCGAGCCCCACCUUUCAUGUCUAUAUCCCCCACCGGACACUUUGAGAAACGCUGGGUUAGAUCUAGGACCGUAUCAUCACGGAGGCGUGUGUCACGUGACGCUGACGUUGGUCGCCCUGCGUUACUGUGCGCCACUGAUGCAGGGGGAUCCAUCAUGGCGUCGAUGCAGAAGAGGUUGCAGAAGGAACUUCUAGCUUUGCAGAAUGAUCCGCCCCCUGGAAUGACUUUAAAUGAGAAGAGUGUACAGAACACCAUCACACAGUGGAUUGUGGAUAUGGAAGGAGCCUCUGGUACUCUUUACGAAGGGGAAAAAUUUCAGCUUCUUUUUAAAUUUAGUAGUCGAUAUCCCUUUGACUCACCUCAGGUAAUGUUCACAGGAGACAAUAUACCUGUUCAUCCUCACGUUUAUAGCAAUGGCCACAUCUGCCUGUCCAUCUUAACAGAGGACUGGUCACCAGCUCUUUCAGUGCAAUCUGUCUGUCUUAGCAUUAUAAGCAUGCUGUCUAGCUGCAAAGAGAAGAGACGGCCUCCUGAUAAUUCCUUUUAUGUACGAACUUGUAAUAAAAAUCCAAAGAAGACAAAAUGGUGGUAUCAUGAUGAUACCUGUUAAUAUGAACUUUUUAGAACUCCAGGAGGAAAUAAGUCCUACUGACCUAUAAAAGCACUUUUUUAAAACCUUAUGGUCUCUGAACUUUAUCCUUGGACUCCAAUUAUAAGCAUGGACUCAGACCACAAAGAUGAUAGACAAUCUCGGCUGUGUUUCCACUAACCAGUUGGAUGCAUGUUUGAGGAACAAACUGAUGAAGAAUGGAAAAUUCAUUUUUAAAGAGAAUGGAAAUGGACCCAUUGUGGGGUGUUGUGGAACAUUUUUAGAUUUGCCCAAGGAGGAUAUUGAUUUUGGUCCUGGACCACACAUGUUCCUGUUAAUCUUUAGCACUGGUUGUCUUGAGGUCCUUGUCUCUUGUGCAAUAACAAAGAUGUGUGCAUAUCUAGGCCAAGAAUUAGUAAUCCAAAUCUUUUUUAAUACGUAGUAGUGUCACAGUUUUAAUCCCUUUGCUUUUCUUGUUAUAAUUCCUACUGAAAUGAUGUGCACUGUGAAGUGAUUUAAGAAAAGUUUAUAGUUUAUUGUCAUUCAUUGACUUGCAGUUCUGCUGAAAUGGGCAGCGAGGGGCUAGAGAAUCCCGUUGAUCUACUGUAUAUAGUUUAAUUUAAGAAUUGCUUUAUUUUUUGACAUGACUGCAAAUGGUGGUUUAAUUGUCAAUCAUUGUGACAUCAAAACCAAAAUUAAACAUUGAACAUCUAGGAACUAGCAGAGUCACUUCAACGUAGGUGGUGAUAUUUUACCCUUUAAAGAGGUAUUUCACCCAUAGACAAAAUGUUGUCAUAUAUUCAUCCUUGUGUCAUUUAAAACCUUUUUGUAACUCUUUCUUCUGUUUAAUACAAAAGAAUAUAUUUUACAAAUGUCUCAAAUGGCUUUAUUCUCAUACAAUGUAAGUCAAUUGGAGCCAAUGUUGUUUGGUUUACAGUUUUCCUCAAAUUAUCUUCUUUUGACAGAAUGACAUGAGAGUGAAUGAAUGAUGAAAAAAUUUGUGGGUAAACAAUUGUUACAAACUCUCUGCCACCCAACAGUCAUAUUCGAUUUAUGAUUCAUUGGCCCAAAAAAAAUUAAGUUGCCCAAAAAAUAAAUUAUAGCAUUACUUAUUUUUUAAAAAGCAUAUUGUGAUAAUAUCCUUAUUAUGAUUUCUUUUGCCAUGAUUGCCGUCACAAUAUCAGAAACUCUGAUAUUGUGACAGCCCUACUACGAACUUGACCUCUGCAAUUUUACCAAAUUUAGUUUGUUGUUUAGUUUUGCCAUUGGCUGAUUAAAGGAGAGCUAGGCAACCUCAUAUAUUACAUGUUGGCACGAAAGUUCUGUUCUUUUUUUUCUAUAUUAUGUUUUGUAUCGAGCCUACAAUUCCUUUUAAUAUUUAAUUUCUAAAGGCUUCUUCCUCUCAGUACCUCUUAGUCUUACUAAUGUCAAAGUUAAGAAAUUGCUAAAUGUUUGGAAGUUUUUCAUACAUCAUUUUGUUUCAUUGUUUUAUUUUCUGUAUCCUCAACUGGUGUGAGAGUCCCUGUGGUUUGUAUUUUCUGCAAGGUAAGGGUGUUGAUUCUCUUGAUUAUAUUUGUCUGGCUCAGGUAAUUUUUUCCAAGGAAGGAAAUAAUUGUUAAAUAUAACUGGUGUUUUCCAUUUGACUAUUUUCUCUUAAAAGAAUGUUACUUAGUUAAGAAAAAUAAUUACAAUGGGAAAAAAUCUAUAAACUGCUUGUAUGUUUAAAUUGACAAUUGUUUCACACUAAAAAUUUAAAUUGACGGCAUGGUCUAUAUGUAGAUGUAUAAAGCUAUUGCAGAGCACAUGUUUAACAGUGUUUGGAUCCUCUGUAUUUUUCUCCUAAUGAGUGGCACAAAGGACAAAGAUUGUUUAUAUGUUUGCUAGGAUAAAACACUAUAGAGACAGAUUUUCUAUCCCCAAAAAUGUACGUUUAAUUUACGAUAUAUGGUUGGUAAUGUAAGAAUUCACACUUGUUUGUUAGGUUUAUACACUCCAAAGAUGUGUUUCUUAGCCAUCCUUUCAAAUACUUGAAUAUAUGUAUUGAAUAUAAGUUGGUUGGAUUUUUCCAUUAUCUGUGAUAAAGUGUAUAUUCAGACUUCCAUGUGAAUCUGUCGAUGUAAGUAAAAAUGAGAAUGGCCAUUGCUUCCCAUGCACACAAUAUCAGGAUACUUUAUUAUUGCUCAUGUUUUUAUGACUACUGCUGAAAGAAAAUGGGGCAGUUUCCCAGACAGGGAUUAAGACUAGUCCUAGUCUAAAAUAAAUGUGAACGCUGUCCAAACUGAAAACAACGUGCAAUGGCAUAUUUCAAAAUACAUAAGUGCCAUUGAAUUGUCUGAAAAAGCACACAAGUAAAGUAGUUUUUGAAAUGCUUGUUUGUACAAAUUACUUAAAUGUCCUAUUUUAACUAAGUCCUAGUCCUGGUUUAGAAAAUUCCUCUCUGGGAAACUGCCUCAAUGUGUUAAAAUGACAACAGGGCAAAGUGGAUGUAAAUUAUGCAUUAUGAUGUGACACCUGUCACCAUAUGAAAGGAUGUCAAUAAGUUAUGGUCAUGUAGACUUGUUUGUCAAUAGUUUUUUAUUAUUGUAUAGUUUGGUUUGCAAGUUAUAAGAGAAAAUUAAUCGAGGGAGAUAUUUCUAAGUCAGAUUUUUUUGGUAUGUGCAAAUUAUGCAAAUUGUGCCUGUUAAUUUAAAAAAUAAAAUACAGGUUUUGAGUAAGGUUUGAGUAUUUACGACUGUAUGACAAUAUGUAUAUCAUACGACAUUAAAAAUAUAUAUUUGUAAA